GCAUUCGACUUUAACGCGCGGAUGACUUGAACGUGAAUCGCUAAAGCACGGAUAACUUGACUGCAGUGAUUUAUCAGAGACAUAUCGUCGCCAGGUCACUUCUAGAGCACAAUAUGAAAAUGCUAACCUAGCUGGAUGUCAUUCGUGCAGCUAACUAGAUGGAUAUCUAGCUAGCAUAACCUAGCUAACAAUGUUAACUAGCUCGCUAGCAAACUUAUUUUAAACAAACAAAUGGGAUUUAUACACUUACCCCGUCAAUAAGGACGAUUCUUCCAGAACAAGAACUUGUGCCGAAUUGAUUCAGAAAUCAUUAGACACGGAAGUAUUUACGACAUCGCGGAAUUACGUUUGGAUACUCUGUUGCAACUUGCGCUGCUCGUGAGUCAAGAUGGCCUCAUCAAAACUAAUGAAAGCCAUAAGAGUGUCAGAGUUUGGAGCACCUUCAGUACUGAAACUCUGCUUAGACAUACCUGUUCCCACUCUAGGUCAGAAGCAGGUACUCAUUCGAGUGCAGGCCUGUGGAGUGAACCCAGUGGAGACGUAUAUUCGCUCUGGGUCCUUUGCCCGAAAGCCAAGUCUGCCCUAUACUCCUGGAUCGGAUGUGGCUGGAGUGGUGGAGGCAGUGGGAGAUGGGGUUCGCCUUCUGCAGGCAGGUGAUCGAGUGUUCACCACAGCCACCGAGACAGGGGGAUACGCUGAGUACACCGUUGCUUCCGAAGACUCUGUUCACAGACUGCCUGAGUCGUUAGAUUAUAAACAGGGUGCUGCCAUUGGAAUCCCUUAUUUCACUGCUUACCGGGCCUUAUUUCACAAGGCACAUGCAAAAGCUGGAGAGACAGUUCUCAUUCAUGGAGCCAGUGGUGGGGUUGGAAUUGCAGCUUGUCAGCUGGCACGAGCAUUCGGCCUGAGGGUUCUGGGCACAGCGGGGACACCAGAGGGCAUGAAGCUAGUGCUUAGCAAUGGAGCCCAUGUGGCCUUCAAUCACAGAGAAAACGACUACCUUGACAGAAUUCAGGCAGCAAUGAAUGGGCAAGGUGUUAACGUGAUUGUUGAAAUGCUAUCAAAUGUAAACCUUGGCAAUGACCUUAAACUUCUGGCCCUGGGUGGCAGGGUGACUGUUGUAGGCUGUAGAGGGACUGUUGAGAUUAACCCAAGAGACACCAUGCUUAAGGAGUCCAGCAUUAUUGGCGUGGCCAUGUUCAGUGCUUCAAAGGAGGAAAUGGCAGAGAGUGCAGCGGCCCUGUUUGCAGGGUUGGAGGCUGGUUGGCUAAGACCUGCAGUUGGUCCACAGUAUCCACUCGAGAAAGCAGCUCAAGCCCACGAGGACAUCAUCAAUAAUCCUGGAGCUUCUGGGAAAAUGGUCCUGACUAUGUGAAUUUAAACCUGUAUUGAAGUCAUGUUUACAUAGACAAAAUGAGGUCAAAUGGCUCCAGCGAUGUAGAAACUGUUUUAAAGUAUUAUAAUUUCAGUCACUAUAUUUUAAUAAGUACUCUGAAAUGUACUCUAAAUUAUUACUAUGAUGAUUCAUAUACAGCAAUUAAGAGCUAUGCAAUUACAGAGGAGAAAGACCACACCUGUUACAUCUCUUGCCUAAGUACCCUAUUGCUUACAUGUUACUAUCAUUGUCAGUGAUUUAGAAUAACUCUUUUCUUGAUUCUUCUAUCCUGAGAUUGGGUGAUCUAGCUAUCUGAAUUUGUGAAUUUGAGUUUGUUCCCUCUCCCUCUCCUCCCCUGCAUUCAAGUCUCAAGCCCCAGCUGAUUAACUGGUGUGCACCUGGAAAUUAACACAGAAUAAUGAAGUUCCAUACAUGGUUCCUUCCUGAUAAUGUGCAUCCAGAGAUGGGAGGUAGUUUACUGAAUGUAUUUGAAAUAUUUAACAACAUUUUGGUUUCAGUUUCAAGUUACUUUUGGGAUGAGUAUUUUUGUAAUUGGAAUUCUAAAAAGUAUUUGCUUUGCUUUAAUUGCAUACUUAAGUUAUGCAUUUUUAUGAUGGAGCCUAUGGACUAAUGAUUCUUUAUUCUUUUCUCCCACCCACAACCCCCAAACUUCAAAUGGUUGAUGCUAAUUUCAUAAGAUGAUACAAUUACAUUAGCUGCAUGCUCUGAGUGAUGGUGCAAUGGUUUCUCUGACUGCUUGGUAUGUUGCCAUCAUUAUAGCAACUUUGAAAGGUUUUUGCUUCUUCAAAAGGCCCUCCUUUGAAUAAUUUCAACAGUGGGUGUGGACUUUGCAAUGAGUUUAUCCGUGAUCUUGUUCAGCAUAAGAAAGCCGGCUUCUACCAGCCUUUAGAAGCAUCAUGACAGUUUCAUACCAAUUUUGAAUACUAUGGUUAAAUCACAUGUUUGCUCUGUAUGCAUGUGUAGAAUUGCACAACAGCUUAAGACAGUGGGCUGCUGACAUCAGUUUGUAUGAAAUUAGGACCCCUGGAAUCCUGCUAAAGUAAUAAUUAUUGACUAUGUUUAGGAUCUUGUCUAUAGUAAGCAGAAUUUAAACAUUAUAAAUGUAUUUUUAUGUAAUUUAACAAAUGUAUCUCAAAUAAAUCGUUGAUGUAUAGUGUGA